GGAAGGUGUAUGCAAAUAUGAGGCACAGUGGUGUUUUGUGCCUGCUUGGCAAGGCCAGGCCCCCAUUUGCAUGGCCCCUGGCUGGGCUGAGUGGAGCUCCACUUCUUCCACAAUGGUAAGAUUGUCGUUUGCUUUCUGCCCAGGUAUUUUAGGGUUGGUGUUCGGGAGAGCUUUCUGCUGGGAAUCUGGGUCAGCUAAAAGUGAGUCCAACCGUGUGGCUUGUGGGGACUUAUUUUUUAAAAUGGCAAACUGAUAGAGAAAUGUGGUAAACAGAAGAUUUGAAAAAUGAGAAAAUGAAAUCGACAUUCCUAGAUGUUACCAAAGCCUAAUAAAAAUUGUGGUAACCAUCUUUACGCUUCUUGUUUCAGAGAAGCUGUCUUCUUUGGGAAUAAAAUCUCCUAGGUGGUCCUCCUCUGCCCCUCAGUUGUCAGGGGACUGGAACUGUGACUGAUUUCAUGUCACAUCUGUUAAACACUGAGGACUGGCAGCUGCCACUAUAAUGGGUGGAGAGUACGUGGAAGAAGGACAUGCACAUUGCAAGGUCUGCCCAGGCUGGGCAGGAAUAUAAUGCACCUCAUCAUGUGAACGAGGUGCAUUACAGACUGUGGGAUUCAUAUGACUGGGUCAGGCCAAUCCACAGUUGCUUCUGUAUUGCUUUUUACUGCAGGAUUGUUAUCCUUUGUUCACUCACAUUUUACAGAGCAUCCGCGCAAUGUUGUCAUCACGUCAUUGCAUUCCAGUGUUGUCUGUGUUGUCCUCCUGGGCUUUUUGAGACUUGGUUAUUUGUGUUGUCUGUGCGCUUAAAAAUGCAACUCUGACAUAAGUGUGUACUGGAACUAUUUUGGGAGGGGGGUGUUAAAUUCCUGGUUUCUUUCCAAUAUUUCUUUUCUCUUUUUUUCCCAUUAAAGCAAAACUGUACUAUUUUAGAAGGUGGUAUAGAAGGGACAAUUAAACACUUGAGUUGCUUAACCUCAAGGAAUGCAUCCCCAUAAGCACCACCACCUCCAAAAUACUGUAGUCUCUAUUGGGCCACCUUCACCCUGCACCAAAAAAAGCACCCUCAAUAUUCUGUAGCUUUUUAAUGUGAGUCCUUAUAUGCAUCAAUCACUACUUAGUUUUUGCACAUCUCUAUUUUGUUUCCAAGGGACGCGGGUGGCGCUGUGGGUUAAACCACAGAGCCUAGGACUUGCCGAUCAGAAGGUCGGCUGUUCAAAUCCCCGCGAUGGGGUGAGCUCCUGUUGCUCGGUACCAGCUCCUGCCCACCUAGCAAUUCAAAAGCACAUCAAAGUGCAAGUAGAUAAAUAGGUACCGCUCCGGCGGGAAGGUAAACGGUGUUUCCGUGCGCUGCUCUGGUUCGCCAGAAGCGGCUUAGUCAUGCUGGCCACAUGACCUGGAAGCUGUACGCCGGCUCCCUUGGCCAAUAAAGCGAGAUGAGCACUGCAAUCCCAGAGUCGGUCACGACUGGACCUAAUGGUCAGGGGUCCCUUUACCUUUACCUUUAUUUUGUUUCCAAACAGUUUGGCUCCAUACUACCCAAGGGGAUUCUUGAUUAACAAAUAUAAGAGGAAGAUUUUAAUUUUGUUUUCUCUCUAUAAUUUCCUUUCCUUCUUUUUGCAGAACAUAUUUGGGAAGAAUAAGACUCCGUGAGCAACCUUUUAUUGACUUGUGGCUUAUACUCAACUGCAAGCAGAAAAGUGGGCUUAGAAUCAUAGAGCCAUAGAAUCGUAGAAUGGCAGAGUUGGAAGCAUAGGUGUAGCCAGGAAUUGUGUUGGGGGUAGAACUGAGCUAUCUGCUACGUGAUUGGUCACUUAGUUACGUAUUUUUAUUUAUUUACUUGAUGAGGGGGGGAGCUCUUACCAUCAGAAACUUUUCCCUCACAUUUAGUCAGAAUCUCCUUUCACGUAAUUUGAAUCCAUUUGUUUGGGUCCCACUCUGGAGCAGCAAAAAACCCAAGCUUAUUCUAUUCAGUAUGGCAGUCCUUCAGAUAUUUGAAUAAGGUUAUUAUAUCACUUCUCUUAUCCAUGCUAAGCAAACCCAACUCCCUCAACCAUUCCCCAUAAGGCUUGGUUUCCAGACCCUGGAUCAUCUUAGUCACCCUCCUAUGCACACCUUACAGCUUGUCAAUAUCCUUCUUAAACUGUAGAAAUGGGCACAGUAUUCCAGGUGUGGUCUAACCAAGGAAGAAUAGAGUGGGACUAUGGCUUUCCUUGCUUUGGACAUUAUACUUCUGUUGUUGCAGCCCAGAAUUGCAUUAGCAUUUUUUGCUGCUGCAAUCACACUGAUGACUCAUGUUAAACCUGUGGUCCACCAAAGCCCCUUGAUUCUUUUCACAUGUACUACAGGCAAUCCAGGUGUCCCCCAUCUUACAUUUGUGCAUCUGGUUCUUCCUGCCUAAGUGCAGAACCUGACAUUUGUCCCUAUUGAAAUUCAUUUUAUUAGUUUUGACUCAGUUCUUUACUUUGGUAAGAUCCUCUUGAACCUGGUUCUAUCUUAGCUAGGUACCCCUCCUAGUUUAGUGUCAUCUUCAGAUCUGAUGAGCAUCCCCUUAAUUCCUUCAUUCAAGUCAUAUCCAAAGAUGCUGAGCAACACUGGGCCUGUGGAACCCCAUUUGUCCUUUUUUCCUCUUCAUCCUUUAUUCCACUAUCACCAGGUUGGGCACUGUUUUCCUUUAGGAAGAAAACAGAGGCAGGUACAGGUUGAACAGUUCUGCCUUCUCUCUGUCAUCCAACAGCAUUUCUCGGUCUUCUCCAUGCAGAGGGGCUGCCACUUGCUUGCUCUUCCUCUUGCUUCAAACAUAGUCGAAGAAACCUUUUUAUUAUCUUGAACCUCCUUGCAAGCUUGAGCUUGUUCUGAGUUUUAGCCCACCUGACCUUCACCCUGCAAGUGUUGGCUACUCAUUUAUAUUCUUCCUUCGUGAUUUGCCCCUUCUUCCAUUCCUUAUACAUGCCUCUUUUAAAUCUCAGCUCAUCUGCAAGCUCCUUAUGCAGUCACAUGGUUGUUUUUUAGAUGUCUCCCACUUUUCUUUCUUGUAAGAAAUGUUUGCAAUUGUGCCUUCAGUACCUCACCUUUAAGAAACUCCAUCCAUCACCGACUCCCUUCUCUUUGAGUUUUCAGAUCAUGGGAUUUCACCCAGUAAUUCCUUAAUCAUUUUGAAAUCAGCUUUCUUAAAGUGCAGUGUGUGUGUCCAGCUACACUCAGCUUUUCCUUUCCUCUGUCCAGUGGUACCUUGAGUUACAUAGGCUUCAGGUUACAUGCGCUUCAGGUUACAGACUCUGCUAACCCAGAAAUAGUACCUGGGGUUAAGAACUUUGCUUCAGGAUGAGAACAGAAAUCGUGCUCCGGUGGCACGGCAGAAGCAGGAGGCCCCAUUAGCUAAAGUCGUGCUUCAGGUUAAGAACAGUUUCAGGUUAAGUACGGACCUCCGGAACAAAUUAAGUACUUAACCCGAGGUACCACUGUAUAAUGAAUCCCAAGAGGACGUUGUCACUUUCUCCCAAGGUUCCCACUACUUCCACCUCAUUGAUCAGUUCUUAGCUGUUAAUAAGGUCCAAAAUAGUUGACCCCCUUGCUGCUUUUUCCACCUUCUGGGAAAUGAAAUAGUGACUGGAGGGUUCACUCUUCAGUGUGUGGAAUAAGGGUUAAGGUAUAAUUGUGAUAAAGAGAUUGGUAUUCUUGUCCUCUUUCCCCCCUUCUUCUUUUCUUUUUCUUUUCUCUCUUUUUUCUUCUCUUCUUUUGUUUCUUUGCUAUCUUUCUCUCUUAGAUCAGCCUGGCUUUUGUUGUAUUUUAUCUUGAAAACUUUCAAUAGAAAUUGAUUCUUAAGAAAAAGACAUUGUCCAUCCCCAGAGGAUUAUACAAGGCACAGAGGUUCUUCCAUAGACAGUUUGCUGGGGAAAGGAGGAGGGUCCUGAGGGAAGACUAUGUCUAAUGCACUGUUACAGAGCAUCUCUAGCAGAUACUUGUUCAGUCCUUUUUGGACACAGCUACCCAGAGCCAAGUGGAAGAGGAACAGGGAGAUUGCCAUCUUAUCUCAUGAUGCUUCUGAAUGUCUAAUUUUGUUCCUGCCCUUCUUAAAAGGUCCAGAGUCCCACCUGUGCCUCCCAAGCGACCAGGUAAGCAGUGGAGUACAUUACACAGGGAUGCCUGUGUUGCGUUCAUCACAAAGAAGUGGGGUGUGCAUGUCCCCUUUUAACUCUCAACCCCUUAACAAACUUCAGCUCCCAGAAAUCUUUGGGGAAGCCAUGGCUGUGUAUCAUGAUGCUUUAAACAUUUGGUGCAAAUGUGACCUUAGAAUAUAAGGAAGCCUCCAAAACUCCUUUAUUGCGGUGUCCUUAAGUCCCUGGGCACAAAGGCCAUCAGCCCCUUUGAGCUGAGCUGCCCAGUUAUGCUUUCAGUGGUGUUUUCCAAAGCCUUGAGAGACUGAAUCUGUUUAUUAAUAUGAAGGUUUAAAUGGUACCUUAUGAUUCUUGUUGAUUUUGUUGCUGGUGUCUGUUUUUUUGGGAAACACUUUGUGGGAAGUUUUGAUAAAAACAUGGCUGAGCCAAAGCCCUUUGUGUGUUUCAGAGAAACAGCUGCAGGGGGUAAGUAUUCUGCACCACCAGCCAACUCCCAGCACUAUCCUUGCCAUCUUAACCCCAGAGCCCUCUUGACGUCUGCUCCCUAAUGCCAACGUCACCCCUAGAUAGCCCCCUAGGGCAGACCAUCUUUAUGUUCAAGUGAACCUGAAUUUCUCUACUUGCUUCCCCCUUUUCCUUGGGGCGGGGGUUGUGUGUGUACUUGCCACCCAGUCAUAGCAAAGGCAAAGCCCUGUGUUUUUCUACCGCUUUCUAUGGAUAGCUCUCAAUUCUGCCUUGGGAGAGAUUGAGAAAAAUCUAUGGAAACCAGCCCAAUGGUUGUGUGUCCACUCCCCCUGAAUCCUGGGAACUAUUGUUUGUUAACGAUGCCAGGAUUGUAGCUCUAUUAGUGUUAAACUACAGUUCCCAAGAUUCUCUGAGGGAAAGAAGGCACUUUCAAUGCAAGCUGCACACUCUCAGGUGGAUGUCCUCUGGACCUGGCUAUUUGCUGGCUUCGAUUUUGUUCAUAAGCGGUUUCUUUUGUGGCUGCUCCCUAGCCUUCCAUGACUGCAACACAGCCUGGACCACCGCAUAUUUGAGAAUGUGAGGGCCUCACCCAGCUUCCUCCUUCCAUUCUUGUAGGUUCCCAGUGAUACUCAAGAGGAGGAGGAAGACGAUCUGUAUACAUAUGAAGUGCCCCCAAGUAAAGGGCAGAGCAAGCAAAUGGUUCCAGCGCUUGCAGAGAACAUAUAUCUUGGUAAGUUGGGAAGGGUGGGUAAGACUCUGGAAACGGGACUCUCCAGAGUAUGGGGGGGGAUGUGAUUUAGUUUACAUUGAUAGGCAAGCCUGCCUAUUUUGAACUUUCUGAAAUAAUAUGUGAACCAAAGCACAGCCCUCCUUUGAAGGCGGCAGUUCAAUGCAGUUCUCCAGCCAAGUAAUGUGCAUAAAAAAUGCAUAUACUGGGGCAAAGUGUCCACAAAAUUGCACAUACUGGUGGAAAUAGCAUACAAAAGGGCAUAUAAGGGGAAAUGGCUUUGCAAAAAAUGUGUUUAUCAGGCAGAAUUGCAAACAAAGAUGGGGUGGAUUAGAUGAUCCUCGGGUCUACAAUUCUAUAUUAGGAGCAAUUAAAAAUGAAACAUUGCUGGAUUUUUAUGAGGACUUUUAAAAAAAUGGCAAACUGAUGUGGGAAUGUGGAGAAAUAAACUUAAGAGUGGAAAUAUGAGGAAACAGAAUUAAUUGAGAGAUUCCCCCAUCCAUACUCUGGAGCCAUCAUCACAACCAGCAAAGUUCCCUGUGCCAUUUUGAUUAACAAACUGGUUAAUUGCAGGUUAAAUGACAGUACUGCCAGGUAGGCUUAUUCCAAGUUGGAAAACUGUACGCAGAGAGUGCUCAUCAGUGAAUCUUAACAGUGUGUCCGUAGGUGACUGUGGAGGCCAAUUCUGGAUCCACACAUCCUUUCACAGUGGGGACAUAGGUUUUCAGGCGGGAGUUGAUCAUGGCGAGAGUUUGCCAAGCAUGCCUUCCUCUUCACACACCUCUUCCCCUUUCUUCCUGAGUUUGAGCAUCUUCAAAGUCCAUGACACCUUUGGUAAAGGCUGUUCUCCAAUUGGAGCGCUCGAGGGCAGUGUUUCCCAGUCGUCAGUGUUUAUACUACUUUUUUUUAAGAUUUGCCUUGAGAAAGUCUUUAAACCUCUUUUGUUGACCUUCAGCAUUACACUUUCCAUUUUUAAGUUCAGAAUAGAGUAGUUGCUUUGGAAGUUGAUGUUGAAGAAUCACUGCUUUGACACUGGUGGUCUCUGCUUUCUCCAGUACACUGGCAUUAGGAUUCUUAACAAAUGUGCAAAUGACACACAACUGCUUUGCAGAUGGCUGGGGACAUGGAGGGGAAGGGCUGAAGGAACUGGAUAUGGACAGCCUAGAGAAGAGAGAGCUAAGAGGGCACAAUGAUGUUACAAGUAUCUGCCUGUCAUACAGAAGAGAGCAAGGACUUCUUCUCUUCUGCCACCCAGAGGGCAGAACUAGAUGGGUUUGAGCUGCAGGUGGAUUUUGGCUGAACAUUAGAAGAACUUUCUUGACAAUAAGGAUAGGGGACAGUUCAGUUCAGUUCAUAUCUAUAAAGAAGCCUACCUAAUUUGAACUUUCCUAAACACUAUGCAGACACAAACACAGCCAUUCGAAAUUGCAGUUGUCCAGCCAAGUAACAUGUACACAAAUACAUACACUGGGAUUAAGUUUCCAUAAAAAUGCAUAUAUUUGUGAAAAUGAUGCAGAAAAAUGUAUUAUAUUAGGGGAAAUUGCAUUGCAAAAUGUGCAUAUUAGGCAAAAGUACAUAAAAACAUGUGUUUAUGAGGAGAAAAUUGUACUAAAUAGCUAAUGAAUUUUCAUGAGGAUCCAAAAUAGCAAUAAUUACAAACUGAUGUGGAAAUGUAGAGAACUGAAUAGAAGAGUAGAAAACUGAGAAACUGAAAGAAACUGAAAUUGGCAGAUUUGCCCAUCGCUACUUGAUAAGAAGAUCUGUUUGUCAAUGGGAUCAGUUACCUAGAUGGGUCGAGGUCUCCCUCACUGGAGGUCUUUAAGCAGAGGCUGCACAGGUGUCUGCUGAAGAAGCUCUGUCUCUGGAAUACCUGCCUUGAGCAAGGUGACUGCAAUCACCUGCAAGCCCCACCCCCCCGGAUUCUAGAGGGAAGAGGGUGGGUGGGUGGAGUGAGCCAUGUUGACCAGGAAGAGGAAGGGGAGAAGUGAAAGGUGCUUGUGGGGGCGCAAGAGUUAUAGCUGGGACUUGUGAUCUCCAGUUCCCUCUCAGGUUGUCUCUCUGUCCUUAGAUCGCCCGGCCUUGAGGCGCUUCUCUGAGCCACACAACCUCCUCCAGCCCAAGUCCCUUCCGGUGAGUGAUGUGCUGCUUGCACAGGCAGGACAGCUGGGCUCUCCAGACAGCCAAGUAUCAUCUCUCUGGCUAACUUGCAGGGCAUUAAAACUGCAGGGAGAAAUUGUAUGUUCAGCAUUUUUAAUCAUUUUCCUACUUUUUAUAAGCUUUAAGUUAAGAAAUGAAAUCUUUUGGAUUUGGGAUGUGUCCUUUUUUUGAAAAGCAAAAUUUCUUUUGCACAAGGGCUCAAGACACACAAGGACCUUCUCCAGGUUGGUGUUUUUCUGCAGCAUCAUUGGCCCAAAAACAGUGUAUUAGUGGUGGAUUUAUACUGGACCGUCCACACUCCCUUCUGUUUUCUUAGUUGUUCUGUGUUGCUUUCCUGGUAUUACUGUGUGGGUGUCCCUCCAGAUGGCAAUAGAGCCCUAUAAAUACCAGGAUAAUACCCCACCGUAAAUGCAUGGCAUGAAAAGUUACAGGGCAUGUACUGACGGGAUGCAAAACUGUAUGUCUGUCCACUCCAAAACUUUCACAAGCACAAGCAGUGUUGAAAGCGGGAUCUUAUCUAGCCCUACCAAUACCACCAGGAGCAGAAAUCAUCACGAAUACAGAAUAAAAAGAAUGUCUGGAGCGCCCCCAUUUCAACGUGAAGCGCAAUUCAGUUCUCUUUCAUGCCUUGCAGUUCCUGUCCAAGCCUGGAGCAGAUGGUGAUGACUCCAGUGACGGGACAUUCAACUUCCUGGCCAUAGAAAGAGGUCAGAGGAAGGGGCUGGGCGGAGAAGGGGAGCAGGUGGAAGGGGGGAUGAUGCCUUCCUGGGGACUGAGGAUGUCUGAAGAACCUGCGGGAUCAGGCCCAUGGCCCAUCUAGGCAGAGGGCCUUCUCAGUAGUGGCGCCCACCCUGUGGAACGCCCUCCCAUCAGAUGUCAAAGAAAUAAACAACUAUCUGACGUUUAGAAGACAUCUGAAGGCAACCCUGUUUAGGGAAGUUUUUAAUGACUGAUGUUUUAAUGUAUUUUUAAUCUUUUGUUGGAAGCUGCCCAGAGUGGUUGGGGAAACCCAGCCAGAUUAAUAAAUUAUUAUUAUUAUUAUUAUUAUUAUUAUUAUUAUGCCAUUCCGUUCUCACAAUGGUCAGCCAGAUGCCCCAAAGGGAAACCAGCAAGCAGGAUCCGAGCACAAGAACGCUCUCCUCCCACGCAGCUGGUAUUCAGAAGCAUUGCUGUGGCGGCAGGGCAGAGCCACCAGGACUCGUAGUCCAUGAAUCCACCCAGUCCUCUUUGAAAUCCACCCAAGUUGGCGGCCACCACUGUGUCCUGUGGCAGGCAGUUCCAUAGUUUACCUGUGCGUUGUUCUUUUUUCUGUCCUGAAUCUUCCAACGUUCAGCUUCAUUGGAUGUUCCUGAGUUCCAGCACCAUGAGAGAGGGAUAUAAACUCUCUCCACUUUCUUCAUGACAUGCAUAAUUUUGUGUACUCCUCUCAUGUCUCCUCUUGUUCACCUUUUCUCUGAACUUAAAAGUCCAAAUUCUGCAACCUGCCCUCAAAGAGAAGUCGCUUCAUCCCUUGAACAUUUUCAUUGCUGUUUUCUGAACCUUUUGAACUCUAAAUCUCCAUUUUGAGAAGAGGCGACCAGAACUGCGCACUGGACUCCAAGUGUGCUCUGGGAUUGUAUAAUGACAUCAGCAAUUUUAUUUUCAAUUCCUUUUCCUAUGGUCCUUGGCUGCUGCACACUGGGUCAACUUCUUCGCUGAGCUAUCCAGUACAGCCCUAAGGUCUUGUGAUUAUUAUGGGGUGAUUGUCAUGUUUGGAAGCUGGCAAGGCAAAGAGUCUCGCUGUUUUUUCACCUGACCCUGGAAAAGUCAGGCUGGGCCAGUGGGGGUUGGGGAAAGCUGUGGCACCGCGAGAGACAGACAGGCUCAGAACAUAAAGCACUGAGCAGGUCUGUGCCACUUUCCAGAUUAAAUAUCUGAGUCCGAGGCUCUUCAACAAAGAGGAGGGAGCGCUUAAUUUGUUUUAUAGCAGCGAAUGGACAAAGGCAGCAUUGUUAGCAUCCGUCUGUCUCGAGAGACAAUGGAGUGUGCCGGGGGCGGGGGGUGAAAUCAAACUGCUGCCUUAGUGGCACCAAAAUGGCCUGGCUGAUGCGGUCCAAAGUAAAGCAGAGCAAGACGUUUGGCACCAUCUUGGCUGCAGGAGUUGCUGGAAGGAGGCGUACAAGGCACCAUCCAACCCUCUUAGGGACUCCAUCCAGAUUCGUGCAGGCUUUAGUCCUUAGCCUUUACUUCUCCAAAAAUAUCCCACAAGGCAGUGGAGGUUCAGGAUCAGAGAUUUUCUGCUCCUAGCUGGGUUUCCUUCCCAGGCGGAUGAGCCCCACCUGCCCCUCACUUCCCUCUCCAGCACAGGCAGAAACUGCCUUCUUGACUGGUGGACUCCCUGUUGUUUUCAUCUGCUCAAUCUGCUGGAUCCUCUCUUUGCAUGCAGGGGAUAGGCAGUCCCUAACUAGCCGAGGGUUUCAGACCCAUCAGCUCCCCUCACCUGGUUUAGCCAGCCAGUGGAAGCCAUUCCCUGGGAUGUGGCUGCUGUCGCCUGCUGACAGCUUCUAAAAGCCACAGGUGAGAUCGGAGUACACGGACCAAAGGCUCACAAACCACCCCAGAAGAACAUGACAUGCCCCCACCAGAGGCACUGGCCCCCCAAGCACCCCAUACAUUUAAAACACUUAACAUCCCCAAAGAAUCCUGGGAACUGUAGUUUGUUAAAGGUGCUGGGAAUUUUAGUGCUGGAGGGGUAGGCCACAGUUCUCAGGAUUUUUGAGGGGUGAAGUGCUUCAAAUGUAUGGUGUAUAUGCAGCCUAAGGCUGCAAUCCUAACCCUACUUUUCUGUGAGUAAGCUCCAUUGAAUUCAGUUGGGCUUACUUCUGAGUUAAGCUUCAUGGUUAAACUUGUGCUGUCAGUUUCCUCCAGGGCAUUCUCUGGUUAAAUGUCACAAUGAAGUCACAAGGUAGCCUGGUUUGAUUCAGUCUCAACCCAGAAUCUGUAAUAUGGCUGUGACAGCAUGGCUCUACUUUACAGGGUUGUUGAACAGAGGCAAACAGUUUACUCCAAAGUGCUAUGAAAUAAAUAUUCUUCUUAACCUGAGAGGUGGUGGUCCUUGCUUAGAAGCCCUUCCUCAAAUCCUACAUGUUGGUUUGCAAUUACUGGGUGGUGUGUGGAAAGCACUUUGCUCAUGCUCAGAAGUAAUGCAGAUCCUUUCUUUGCAGCUCUACAAAAAGGGAUGAUGAAGCAGUCUGUGCCGCCGCCUCUUCCUCUCUCAGCCCGACGGGGGUCUCUGCCAGUCCUGGGUCCCUCUGGGUCCCAAGCGAAAGCUGUCGCCAGCAGAGGUAGGUGGAAUUGCGAGCCAGCUGUGGCCUCAUUGGAAUCUGUGACUGAAGGUUGCUUGAGUAAAUUCUUACUUCAGUGGACUGGAGACAGGCAGCUAAGGGUCUUUCAGAUUAGUAAGUAAAAUUCAUUCCCAAGUUAUACCUGAAGAUCCUCUGCCUGCUUGUCUCCUUGUCUCCAACCUUCACCCACCUGGUGCUCUCCAGAUACUUUAGACUACAACUCCCGUCAGCCCAGUGGUCUUUGGGAUGGGAAGGGAAGAAGGCAGGGAGACCUACAGCAUACCUUCCAGGUGCCCCAAUUUAACCUUCAAGACUUUCCUUCAAGGCGCCCUGGGCUCAACCUUUGUCUCGGAGUGCCCUGAUUUUGCACCGACUGCGGUGGGGCUGGCGGAAGCAGCUCCUGCAACAGCAGUGGCAUUGUGGAGGAGCACUUCCAGGCCUUUGGGAAGGAGGCGUGAGACUCUGGCAGGCAGGUGGAAGCUGACUGAGGUUGGAGUGGGGAGGGUGGACCAGAACCCAGUGGAGGAGCCUCUGCCAAAGUGACAGCCAAAUAGCCCUACCCCUCCCAGGGGUAACAUGCUGAGAAUGCCCCUGGUGUGGGGAGGGGAGAGCCAUGGCCCCAGGUGAGAGGUGGGGGGAGAGGGAUCCCAGGUGUGAGGCAAGUUGCCAGAAAGUGUGUUGGGUUUUUGGCAAUUCCAGUGGGAAAACAGGGCACUGCCCCCCCCCCACUCAGCCCCAACUGCCUGUUUUCUGACGUACAAGGAGGAAGAAGAUGGGGACCGAACUAGCAUUCCUUGUCCCUGCCUGUCAUUGGCUCUGGCACCACCAGCUGUGGGGCUCCCUGCUUUCUGCCCUACCAAUAUCGGAGGUACAACACUGAACAAUUCCCAUUACUGGUCUGGUUGUUAGUGGUGCCUUUGUAGAGUUAGAUCUUAAUAUAUAUGCAGAUAUUUUGGUUUGAACUGUGCUUUUUAAAAAAAUGAAUGAAUGAAUGAAUUUUUAUUUGGACAUUAUUGAAAUGUUAUUGCAUGUUUGAAAUGUACUGCGGUUGAUAUUAUUGAACUGCUUAAUGGUUAUUUUUAUGUAUUGCUGUUCUUGCUGUUCAAUACCUUGCAUAUUGUAAGCUGUCUUGACCACAAUUUCCUUUGUGGAAAGGCAGCAUAUAAAAUUGGAGUCCAAUUCAGCCAACCUGGUGCCCUCCAGAUGUUUUGGAAUGCAGGGGCUCAUGCUCAUUGCUGUUUUUCUAGAAAAAGAGGUGCCAGAGCUCACCAUGAACUUUUCCCUUGUUCUCUUAGAAUGGCAAUGGCACCCACCUGAGAGGGGCUGGAACAGAGCUCUGCUGAGCUCCUGCUGCCUUUGGGAGGGGGUGAAGAGAAUGGGGGCUGGGGGCUUGGGGAAAGAGGCAGAAGAGGAAUUGCUGUUGGCUGCUAAUUCUUGUCUUCCUUUGCACCACUUUGCAGAUCCUUUACCAGCCCUGAAAGAUGACGAGGUAACUAAGAACCCGCCUGCUAUUUAGAACAUUUGCUGCUUCAGAUUACUGUCCCUGGUUAGCACAUUUGCAGCAAGGGUAACUUGCAAGUUUCCCUGUGGGCAGCCAGAGACACGACCAAGACCAUACGAAAGACAAGAUGGGCACUCCCUCCCCAUUCCAUGGGCAGAAGCUGACCUGUCUGGCUGCUGAAUCUCCAGCACUGAAGAGAGAAUAGUUCUCCCAAGGAACCUGAAGGAAGCAGCCUAGAUUUAGGGGACCAAGGCAGGCCAUGUUGCAUACAUAGCUCUGUCUUCCAAUGGCGGGAGGAGCUGAGGAGGAACUGCCAGGGGGCUGUUGCCACUUCCUUCUCCAGCAUCUGCUGCCUGAGGCUGUUGUCUCAUUUGGCCUAAUGAUAAGGCCAGCCCUGGCUGGGGAAGAAGAAAUCAGAGGGAAGCAAGUGAUCAGCAUGUGAGUGGUGUUCUCUCUCUCUCUCUCUCCCCCCAACCCCAGGAGGAGACCCAAGAGGAAUCGAUCUACGUGGAAUGUGAGCCCAGAGCAGGUGAAGCCCCUUUCCCCACCAGAAGCCACCACUGUGAUGCUUCUAGGAAAGGGUUGUAGCUCAGUUCUGGAUCGCAGGCUUAGCAAGCAGAAGGUCCCGGGGUCAUCAACGCCUGCCAUCUCUGACUUAUGAUGGGAAAGACCUUUUGUCCAGGACCUUUGGGGCCUUCUUAAGGGCUGCUCCCAGACUCAUCUUGUCCCCCCCCCCCGAUGGCCUCCUGACAGCAAAACAAUCGUCUGUGUUUUAAACCAUAUUAAGGUAAAAAGGUAAAGGACCCCUGGACAGUUAGGUCCAGUCAAAGGUAACUAUGGGGUGUGGUGCUCAUCUUGCUUUCAGGCCGAGGGAGCCGGAGUUUGUCCACAGACAGCUUUCCAGGUCAUGUGGACUAAACCGCUUCUGGCACAACAGGACACCAUGAUGGAAACCAGAGCACACGGAAACUCCGUUUGCCAUAUUAUCUUCCUUUCAUUAUGUCCUUUAAGCAGCUGCCAUUUUAACAUUGUCUUUGAUCUUCAUUGUGAUUUUGCUUAUUUGUUGCAUAUUGGACUUUAUUGUUGACCCACUAGGGCUUUUUUAUUUUGUUAAGGGUGAUCAUCAUCUGAGGGAUCCAAACAUGUGACAAAUGGAUGGAUGGUCUGCUGUAUCUGGAAUACGGCAGCUUCACAUUGUCCCCAGUGGUGCUAGGUGCUUGUAUCCAGCAGACGCCAGCUGGGACCAAAGCCGCCCAAAGAGGGGUGCUGAGCUCCAGCCUGCCACCUUCCUUGUGGCCUGAUCCUCUUUUUUCCCCUUCCAGCCUUGGUGCCCCGCAAAGUGCUUCCUUGUCUAACCCCAGUGCCUCCUGUCCAGCCUCUGAAGCAAGCCAGGUGAGUGUGUCCUCCUUCCAGAAGAGAAAAUCCCAGUAUCUGUACAUCGGGGUAGCCCACAUGGUGCCCUCCAGAUAUUCAAAGAAUCAUAGAAAUGUAGAGUUGGAAGGGACCCUAAGGGUCAUCCAGUCCAACCCCCUGCAAUGGAGGAAUCUCAGCUAAAGCAUCCAUGACAGACGGCCAUCCAACCUCUGCUCCAGCCCUCAUCAGCCACUGCACCAUGGCCAUUAGUCAGGAAGGAUGAAAGUGAAAACAUCCAUGAACACUGAGAUAGCAUAUUAGUCUCUCUGUCCCUUACUAUCUCUUCAGAGGGGCAGCGGUUUUCCAGGGUCCUUGGCAGACAUCCCUCACUUUAGCCCUGCAUUCUGGGACUCACUGCACUGGAGAGGCUGAGCUGAAUGAAGUGGUCUUUCUUUGAGCCAGGGGUCAACCCGACACUCUUGCUUCUGUACUUGCACCGCACUGAGCUCCCCCCCCCCUUCUCAGUGGUGAUGCUCAGUAUUAGGGAGGGGCCCCUGCACUGCCUCCCUGACCAUUCCUAGCCCUGCCCUGACCAAGUGCUCAGCAAUCAGCAUAGUGGGCUGGCCUGUUCUAGACUGGAGGAACCAGUACCUAGGCUGGCUGUGCUCCUGGAUCCAGCCUUGUUGCUUGAGACCCAGGUCUUGUGCCAAGGAGCACCUUUCUGCAGCUGCAGCUGGUUCAGCAGCUAUGGUCAUCCCCGGUCCAAGGUGGUCUGAGAACAGUGUUGCAUGCUCUAGAAACUUCCUGUUCCGAUUCAGAAGCUGCACAAUGUGGCUGUGCUAACUACCCAAUGGGUCACUGUUGCUUACUGAGAGGGUGAGAGGCAGAGGGGUCAGUGCAGUGCAAGGACAGCAGUGCAGCCAAUCCCGAACUGCCCCCAGCACAUUUGCAGGGCAUGGACUCCCCAACCCUUCCCCCCCCCCCGUGACUCACCUGCCCAGAAGCUCUUGCCUCGCCCUGUGAGCUGCUCCUGCUCAGAUUUCUGAAGUGUGUCUACCAAGGCUUUUCUUUACUGUUGCUGCCAUUUAAACUGUUAAUGGUUUUAACCAGUGUGGUUUUUUUGGGGGGGGGACGCAUACCGCUAAACAUUUUGUGAAUCUAAGUUUGGCCUCAUUGAGGGGCAGUAUUUCAAUAUGAGUAGGAAAAUGAGAAUACCCCUAAACAUUUUUUAGGGGGAAAAAGCACUGGUUUUAACUACAUGUUAUGAAUUGGAAUGACAUUGUAUUUCACUUUGAGUUCACAAUGGGAUCAAAAACAGCAUGUAAGUGCAUGAAAUAAAGACAUAGCAGUUGUUGUUAAGAAGCAGUGCUGUCUUGAACAGAGAUUAACUGCUCUCUGAAAUUCACCAAGGACCUGGGCAUGUUCACAAUUCUUUCCCUUUUCAUAAUCAAAUGCUCAGUCUGAGACCUGGGUUUGCAAAUCUGUGGAUCAAGGGGUUCUAGAUCUUAAAUGUCACAGGGCUAAUGUCACACCACAAUCCUAUUCUCCCCCCCCCCUUUCUUUCUUUCUCUCUCUCUCUCUCUGAUGUUAGGCCAGCAAUCACUCCAUCAGGACCCCAGAAGGUAGGUGUGGGGGCUGGCAAGGGAGCACUAGAGAGCUUGAGAUGAGGGUGAUGGCCAGGGGACGUCUCUGGAACUUUGCAUUCAUGGGCUUAACUGUUGUUUUGUUUUGUUUUGUUUUGUUUUGUUUUGUUUUGUUUUGUUUUGUUUUGUUUUGUUUUGUUUUGUUUUGUUUUGUUUUGUUUUGUUUUGUUUUGUUUUGUUAUGCUAUGCUAUGCUAUGCUAUGCUAUGCUAUGCUAAGGCAGGCCACCACAAACUCAGGAUGCGGCAAACCAAACUGCUUAACCUACCCUGCAGGGCUGUUGUGCUGAGAAAAUGGAGGGAGGGAAGAGAAGAACUUGUUCAUGAGAAGAAAGGGCAGGAUAACUAAAGUGACCUAUGGGACCACUUUGUCUCAGAUUUUCCUGCUUGGCAAUUGCACUCCUCAGAGGAGGCAUCACUAAGAUUACCGAGUGUCCUAGAGUUGCACAUAAUAAGCACUUGAGGGCUGGCUUUUAGUGUUGCAGCUCCUGCCCUCUGGAAUAAACCAUGAACUGAAAUUAGACAGGUGCCUAGCGCCUUGAUAGCAUUUUUGUUUAAGGAGGCUUGCCAUGAAGUGCCUGACCCAGUCAUUUUAGGGAAUGAAACCUGUGAAUUUUUAUAAAUGCAUUUAUUGCUUUUAGUUUAGUGAGUUUGUAAUUUUUUUGUAUGGUGGUUUAUAAAUCAGGCCUGUGUUGAGGAAAAGGAUGUCUGGGAACAGGGGUGCAUGGAGUUAGCCCUAUGCAAUUGCUGGGCAACAGGUAGAGAUACCUAGGCUAUGGGAACAGGAGGUGAAAACUCUGUGUGCUCGUUUUCUUUCCAGGCCUUUGCGGAAAACCUGUGCAAAGGUAAGUGCCACACUCUGAAGCCUCUGCAUCCGCCUUUGUCAACCUGGCCCCUCCAGAUGUUGUUGGACUACAGCUCCCACCAGCAUAGCCUCCAACAUGUGGAGUCCCAAAACUCGGGUGCACGAGAUCAUGGAGCCCAAAAGAUGUGCUUUUUUCAGGACCGUGCUCUCACUAUGCCCAAAAAUGUGUGUUUUGGGGUGCUGCACAAGAUUGUGGCCCUAAAAGGAAGCGUGUUUCUGGGGCAAGAUCUCGGUGCAAAAUUGUGUGACAUCAUGGUGACCUGGGGGGGGGGAUGUCCUGGUUUUUCUGGGACACUUGCGGGGAGAAUGCACCAGCCCCAGCCAUGUGAUGCUGAGGAUUGGGGGCUUAUUCUAGUGGCCAUCUUUGGGAUCCCCUCCUAGUCUGUGGCUUCAUAUCUGUAAGAUGAAAUUCUGUAAAAACAGAGAUUGCUAAAAUGAUCAAAUAAGUCUCUUUUUGAGUUAAUGACUUUAGCCAAGUGUGUUGAGUAUCUCUUUGCACGGCUGCCAUGGAAUUUUGAAGGGGUCUGGCCCCGCCUUGAUUUUUUUUUUGCAGGGGGGCUUGGUGCCCCUGCUCAGCUGUACAUGAAGAUUGGACCAGGGAUUGGACCAGGGAUCAUCUUCAUGCGGAGCAGAUUCCCGAUCCCCAAGCGACAGCUGUGCUCUGAUCUUGAUUGCUCAUGCGAUGUGUGUGUCAUUCAUGCACUGAUGUGGCACAGGGAAUAUUUGCCUAUGUAAUACAUAUCUCAGAAUCCCUGAAAUGUUCUAUCUAUUUCAGGUGUGUGUCUGGAGAGCGGAUCUGUGCCAGAGGUGAGCAAGGAGAUCUUGCCUGAGGAUUCUUUGGCUGCCCUGUCCUCUUGCUUAUAGAGCAGCAGUUAAAGUUUAACCUCCCUAAUCCCAUGGGGCUAAGCAUAACAACAGAGAGAGAGAAGGGCAGUGCUGUUGCAGGGGGGUCACUGCUGUAGCUAACAUAGGAUUGUUACCAACAGCAAAGAGUCGUGCAGUAUCUUAAGGAUAAUGCAUUUAUUAUGACAUAAGGGUUUGUGUUCUAGAAGAGUGAUGCCUCUUCUUUCGCCUCCCAUGCCUCAUUAUCAGGGCACAUAUGAAUUUAUUUAGUAUUGCCGUGGGUGUGGGGUUUUGAGUUUACUUUAUUGCUGCAAUGUGCCCAAGAGUGGUAUUAUGGGUGGGCAAAUCUGUCCAUUCAUUCCACCGUGGGUUUUUUCAGUUUGUGAUUAUUAAGUCCCCAUUAAAAAUUGUUGUCAUUUUAGUGCCCUUUCCUCCUAAUACACACAUUUAAAAGCAGUUCCCCCAAUAUAAACUUUGUAUGUUGUUUUCAAAAACUUAUGCAUUAAUAUGCACAAUUGACCCUGCGGAUGUAUUUCUGUACACAUUGUUUGACUGAGAAAUGCACUGCAAAAUUUUGAGAAGUGCAAAUUUAGAUAGUUUCUGAUUAAAAUGCAAGCAAAAUCACAUUUCUCCCCACACUCCCACUGAACCCCCUGGGGUGUGUGUGUGUGUGUGUGUGUGUGUGAUCUCAACCAGUGCUCAUAAAACUUUACUGUUUGCUGAGUUUUGCUUUGCUCCUUUUUUUGCAGUUGGGAGGGAGCCUUUCACCUUUGCUUGACAUGCCAUUUGUUUAAUUUGCCCUUGUUCUCUGCUCCUCUGACUAGAACAAAGAGCACUUUUAACAUACGGUUUCCAGGUGUUCUCCCAUCCAGGUACCUGCCAGGGCACGUUUUCUGUAGCUGCAGCAGUAAUAUUGCCACCUCCCCAGAGAAAUCUGAAAUGGUACCUGUGGGCGGAGGUCUUCAGUGACGGUGGAAAGACAUGGGUCUGAAUGGAACUGCCGCUUUGGUCUGUGUGAAAAGAAGCUGUGCCCCUACCAUUCCCUGUGACUGUGCUUGCCUUAUCAUCUGUUACAUUCCCUUAGGAUUUUUGCAUGCAAAACAAGGCCUGGUAUGCAGGGAGCUGUGACCGACAUACAGCUGAGGCUGCCCUCCUCCGGUUUAAUAAGGUAAAGGUGUGUCUCCUGAAGUUGCCCUGCAGCACCGUCAUAAUGCAGCUGCUGUUCAAGGAAGAGGCUCUUCCAAUCCCUUUGCCUUCUGGAGCCACGAAGUCUCCAUGGUGCUCACCAGCUGAAUUAGCUGCAGCUAAGUAACUCGGAGGUCCAGCAGCUGUGGCUGAAUGGGAUUUCUGAGUGUCAUGAGACCAGAAGAGAGAGAGACCCUGCAGGGAGCCAGUUUGGGAGGCAGGUUUGGGGGCUCCAUUUUAAAGGCCUCAGUGUAGCAGGAUGGACAGAUCAUCUGAUACUGGGCACAAUCAACCAAUACAUUUUCUUGCUUAACCCUACUGGCUGGCAGGAGCUGGGCAAAGAUAGGAUAUCCUGUGGUUAAUGGGGGGGAAUUUUCCACAGAAGACGCCCUUGGGCACGCACCGCCUCUGGGCAUUCUGCUGCCUGAAGCAGCUGCCUCAGCCUACCUCAUGGGUGGGCUGGCCUUGGGUCAGAGCACACCUGAAGUAGUGUGUCCAGUUCUGGGCACCCUGUUUCAAGAAGGGCCCCUUUUGGGGGCACAGCACAAGCCUUGCCUCCCAAAGGCCCCAGGGUCACCCCCACUGGCGUCUUCAGGGAGAGCUGGAAUCCAGUGGAGACACUGCCAGUCAGUGUUGGCAGUACAAGGUUGGCUGGAUCAGCACUCUGCAUGAGGAAGCUUCCUGUGCUCCAGAGGACAUUGACCAGCUGGAGUGUCCGGGGGGGGGGGGGGCAGCCAGGAUGGUGAGAGUUGGGAAACCAGGCCUAUAAGGAAUGAUAGAAAAAGCUGCAUAUGUUUAGCCUGGAGAAAAAUGAGAAGGAAGAAGAGGAGACAUUGCAGCAUACGGUAGUUCUCAGAAUGGCCGCGCUCUCUGCUUCUGAGGGGGUAAAUAAAGAUAUUGAGGCAAAGGGCCUGUUAAGAAUUUUACUAGUUGCAGCAAGAAUCUCCAUAGCCCAAACCUGACAGAUUUUACAAGGUAUAGGACUAGAUUAAUGUUUUAAGACUGUAUGGAGAAUGGCACUUGUGGAGAUAAUAAUUUAUUUAUUAUAUUUAUAUAACACCUUUCCUUCCAAGGAGCUAAAGUUGUUGUAUAUGGUUCUCCUCCUCCCCAUUUCUUCCUCACAGCAACCCUGUGAGGUAGGUUAAGCUAAAAGAUGGUGACUGGCCCAAGGUCACCCAGUGAGCUUCAUGGCUGAGUGGGAAUUUGAACCCUGGUCUCCCAAGUCCUAGUCUGACACUGUGACCAUUGCACCACACUGUCUCUCACACUGGUUUUACCUUUUGUUAAAACUAAGGUCAUGUGUGUCUUGUCUCCUUUGGUUGAUGGAGACCAUGAUGAUUUGGUAUACAAGAUUUGGUUGAAGGAAUGAUAAGAAUGUAUAGUAAAGCAGGAUUGAAGACUGUACAAUAGAAUAUGAAUAAUAGCUACUGGCUUUUAACGAGAGGAGUGUUGAAUUGAUUGUAUACAUGCAAUGCAAAAUCAACAAAAAAAAUGGGGGGGGGGAGGUUAUCCCAAGGGCUGAAAAGGAGGAGAUGGCUUCUUCUCUGCUGCUCCACAAGGGAGAACUAGAGUCAAGGGAAGUAACAGAAAGCAGGUGUCGGCUGCACAUGAUGAGACACUUGCCCUAUUAAGCAGUGAAACUGACACUUAAAUUAUGGGCUGGGGGAAGAAGGCCUAUUCCGAUUCCAAGAUCCAGAUUUUCACCUGCAUUUGACGUCUCCUCCCUUAACCUGAAUGUCUCCACCCUCUUUUUUCACAAAAGGACAGUGCCUACCUGGUGAGGCAGAGCUCACGACACGGCUGGAACCAGCCAUUCACUUUGGCUGUGCUCUUCAAGAAGCACGUCUACAACAUCCCCAUCCGCUACUUAGAGAGCAGUCGUCAAUACACGCUUGGCAAGGAUGGCAGGAGCCACGAAGAGGCGAGUGCUCUCUUCCUAUGUUGGGAAGGCCAUGGCGCAGCCGUAGAACAGGCAGAAGGUUCCCAGUUCCUUCUCCAGCAUCUGCAGGAAAGGCUGAGAGACCCGCUCUCUGCAAUACUGGAGCUCCGCUAGCAGUCAGCUUAGUCAAUGCUCAGCAGGUCCACUGAGUCCUGUCACCUGUAUUUCUCAUGUUUUUUAUUUCAGGGGGAUUACCGGUAUGUGGAAGAAUGUUCCAACCGUGCUUACUCUCCUUUUAUGACAAAGAGAUGCUGGAAACUAAGUUGUGGAAUGGGCACCAAAAAUUGGUUGCAGGCCACUUUAAUCUUGCUUCAGUUGUUGCUCCUUCUUCUCCUGCCCCUCCUGCCUCCCUCAGUGUGGGCUUCCACGGACAGGUAUCCCCAAACUCAGCCCUCCAGAUGCUUUGGGACUACAACUCCCACCAUCCCUAGCUAACAGGACCAGUGGUCAGGGAUGCUGGGAAUUGUAGUCCUAAAACAUCUGGAGGGCCGAGUUUGGGGGUGCCUGUCCUAGGAGAAGGGGUCAAAUUAGUUAAGUGUACACUGAAAUGUGAACUGAACUGUUUUCCUCUCCCAUCCCCAGCCGGAGGGCACCUGAUGUAGGGCCACCUUGCAGAAGCCAAGGAGGUCCAGGUCUUCUCAGUGUCUGGAUAAGCACCUGGUAACCCCCUGCCCACCACCCAGAGUUCCAUGAUGGAAGAAACAAAUGUGCCCGUCUCCCUCUCAGCUCCCACCCACACUAGGCAUGUUAAAGCACUGCUGUACCACCUUAAGAGCCACAGCUUUCCCCAAAGAAUUCUGGGAGCUGUAGUGGUUGAGGACCCCCUAACAAUUCCCAGCACCCUUGGCAAACUACAAAUAAAGGAUUCUUUGAGGGAUUCUUUGAGGGAUUCUUUGAGGGAAAGCCAUGACUCUUAAAGUGGCCUAGGUGUGUGUUCAGUAUAUAGGGUGAAUGUGACCUCAGUCAGCAGAGCUCUGCCACCUCGUGACUUGAGGGAAACUGGACUGAAAAAGCUAGUCCCUGGAGGUACAGAAAGAAGCUGACCUGCUCCCUGUUCUGCUCUUUUCCUUGCCAGCUCUUUGACAGCGUUUCCAGCAUCAUCCAAAGCUACAGCCAGCGCCCCCUGGUGCUGGUCGACGGCAGCACUUCUGCCAAGGAACAGACUUGCUUGCUGUUUCCAGUGAAGCCAUGACUUUGGGGCCUGGGGCGUAGGACCAGCUAUGGGGGAAGAUGGGACGUCCUCCCUGACCUCAGGCACAAACGGCUUCAUUUGCCUGGCUGGACCGACACAAGGCCAAAGGAUCAGCGUGGCACCCUGGCAUUCUGCAAAAGGUUCUUGUGAAUCAUUCGUCAAUAUUCCUCAAUAGCCUUCUUCUGGCAAACAGCAGUGCAUCUGCAAAUAUAUUCCACUGGUACUGAAACGGCAAAGCAAGGGAACUUGUGGGCUGGUGGGAUGGAAGGGAGAGUUUAGCAGGGAUUCCCACCUAAGGCACCAGUCCUGCGGUUGGUUUAUUUGUUACAAAAUUGAAAUGUUGCACCCAGUUAAUAACACUGUUGCACAGCACUCCAAUCUCUGAGCAAUGUGAGAUUCCAGGGGUUCCAGGCGCUUCACCAGGACUUGGUUCCCUCGGAAUGAGGGGCAGCGGAGACUGUGGCAUCUUUAGGAUAUGUGGCUUAUGUACACAUAUGUGCCUACGAUGAGCCUACGAUGGAAGGGCUCACAGCAUUAACACCCCAAGAGGGUCUUGCUUCUCCCAAAGGCACAGCCUUGGAUUCAAGCAAAAACCAGGCAUGGCCCUGUCUCUCAGCUGCCCAGCCUGCAGCCUCCUGCUUCCAGCUCCCCACUCACACACCUCAACUCUGGCCUUUUGUCUUUCUUCUUCUUCUUUGUCUUCCAUAAACACAGUUUUAACAGUGAGGCCCUAAGUGACUGUGGAGGCCAAUUCUGGAUCCACAUGUCCUUUCACAGUGGGGAUAUUAGUUUCCGGGGGGAGUUGAUCACGGUGUGGAUUUGUUAAGCGUGCCUUCCUCUUAGCACAUUUCUCCCUUGCGUCCUGAGUUCGAGUGUCUUCAAAGCCCACGACACCUUUGGUAAAGGCUGUUCUCCAACUGGAGUGCUCGCAGGCCAGUGUUUCCCAGGUGUCAGUGUUUAUACUACAUUUUUUAGAUUUGCCUUGAGACAGUCUUUAAACUUCUUUUGUUGACCACCAGCAUUACACUUUCCAUUUUUAAGUUCGGAAUAGAGUAGUUGCUUUGGAAGACAAUCAUCAGACAUCCGCACAACGUGACCAGUCCAACAAAGUGGAUGUUGAAGAAUCAUUGCUUCUACACUGGUGAUCUUUGCUUCUUCCAGUACACUGGUAUUAGUUCUCCUGUCUUUCCAAGUGAUGUGUUAAAUUUUUCGGAGACACUGUUGAUGGAAUAUUUCGAGGAGCUGGAGAUGGCGUUUAUCAGUGGUCCAUGUUUCACAAGCAUACAGUAAUGUUGGUAGUACAAUAGCUUUGUAAACAAGCAUUUUGGUUUCCCUGUGAAUGUCCUGGACCUCAAACACUCUGCACUUCGAUCAGGAGUAAGCGGCACUUGCAGAGCUCAGGCAAUGCUGGAUUUCAGCAUUUUGUCUUUCUAAUUAAUAGACAAUUGAGGAAUGGGGACCCACUUCCUUUGUUACAUUGACGACCCAUACUUAGGGGGCCACUACCAAGAAAUUUGUCAGGCCGUUCCAACAAAUUAGUCCUUGUUGAAUCCAGGAAUUGGAAGGGACUCCGGCAUACUCAGACCCACCAGCCCCAGCCCGAAACACAAAACACUACAUUCUUAACUCAAAGGUGGGUAGCUUUCAGGCUUGUUGGAUCUACUUUGUCUUUUCCUAAAUUCGCAAGAACUGCCAAUAUCAGCUGACACAAGAAUCCACUCCUGGCAGGCUUUCGCCUUCAUUUUAGUAGCCUAAUUUAUCUGGGGGGAAAUGUAAGUUUCCUUUUGCAAUUGUUAAAACAUUGGGAGUCAUAAAGCCUUUCUGAUCUACUACAAAUCACCCUGAAAUCUGCCAGUAGACCCCUGUCUCCCUUCUGCUCACCCCAAUUCUAGAAAAUCUUGGUUUCUGUAUAUAGUAUUGAUAUACAGUUUUGUUUUAAUGUACGUUAAAAUCUUUUACAUUGCAAAGCACAGGCUUUUAUUUUGAAAACAUUAUUCCAAUUUCCCUAGCUGCUCAUCCUCAGAAGAAAAAUGACUUACGGUAACAGAGUAAUUCAACUCAUCUGUUUCUGUAUUUUCUAAUAACUACAAGGAUUUUAUUCUGCAUGAAACUGAUGCAAGGCCCAGCAUGACUUGCAAAUUACAGCCCAUCUAGUAGAAAAGCAUUUCCCCCUCCUAUUCAGCACAAAGAAGAAUCUGGAGAAUAGCUUCCAGGAACAUGUAGAGAAUGCCCACGAGAACCAGCCAAAUCAGUACAAAACUAUAUAGCUGUACUGAUUGCCUCAGAAUAUAUUGCCUUCUAGUUUGUAGUGAUUUUUCUAAAAUGAUAAUGCUUAUUCUCAUCUUGGUUCACUUUGUCAGUAGGGUGGGUUUGUUCCGUUUGUUGUUUUCUGUAUGACCUGUCAUGUGAACUCAAUAAAACAUUAUAAAGAGGAAGGUGACCAGGUGCCCUCCUUUACAGAGGAUGGUCCUCUCAGCCGUCCUGUAUUUGAAGGCCUGCCCAGUCCAAGUCCAGUUUAAAGAAAAGGAACACUAAGAAGGCUGAGCGCUGGAGCUCUGCGGUGGAGCAACUGUCUUGCAUGCAGAAGGACAAUGCAAUUAUCAAAGGUGCAGGAG